GAUUUUUUCAACUGGAACAAAGUAAAGGUACACUACUGUGAUGGUGCUGCCUCUGCUGGGGAUGGUGACAAUGAGGCUGCGGGUUUGCAUUCUAGAGGACACCGGAUAUGGGGAGCUGCAAUGGAUGAAUUGAUUUCUAAAGGCGCUAUUUUGACCAAGUGUUUCUAUUCCGUUAUUAGCAGGCGGGCUUGUGAAGACUCUAUAUGUGCAUGGGGGCUUGCAAAAGGCAGUGCCAUGGUCACCGACGAGAAUUUCAUCAUGAAGCACACCAUGUCGGACGUCCUGUCCAUGGCCAAUUCCGGCUCGAGGACCAACGGC